GGAAACGGAAGAAGCGCAAGAGCGAGGGGGUCACAGGUGAUCUUCACGAAUGGCGGCCUUCAGGGCGCUGUGGUCGGGAGGCGGGCGGCUGCUCCGCGGUUUCAUAGAGGGGCCGGCUCAAGUCAGCCGGGCUCGGCCUCCGGCCCGGGGCCUCCGAGAAGUGGUGGAGAUCCAAGAAGGGAAGACAACUAUUAUCGAAGGCCGAAUCAUAGGAACUUCCAAGGUGGCACCAGAUCCUCCUAACCCCUCUGGCCAGUGCCCAAUCUGUCGUUGGAAUCUGAAACACAAGUAUAACUAUGUGGAUGUCCUUCUGCUAAGUCAGUUCAUCCGGCCCAAUGGGGGAAUGCUGCCCCGGAGAAUCACGGGUCUGUGCUUGGAAGAGCAUCGGAAAGUGGAGGAGUGUGUGAAGAUGGCUCACCGGUCAGGUCUGCUACCGAAUCAUAGGCCUAAGCUUCCUGAAGGAUUUGUUCCCAAGAAAAAACCCCAGCUCAAUCGGUACCUGACUCGUUGGGCUCCCCGCUCUGUCAAGCCCAUCUUAAAGAAAGGUCCAAAAUGGAACAAAGUUCGAAUGCCUGUGGGCUCCCCCCUGCUUAAAGAUAAUGUCAACUACACAGGCAGACCCCUAGUGAUGUACCACUGAAGGGAAGAAGUAGUUUGUAAAAGGUUGGCCAAAGCCCCCAACCCUUACUGAUGGGAGCUGUUUCCCAUCAUUCCAGCAAGGAAGGACUGGAAGGUAAUUCCAGCCUAGAAUUGCUGCAGACCCAAAUAUCUUCAAAACUGGUUAUUCCUAACCAAAAUGUGGAGAAAGGGAAAGCCAAUAAUAAUAUGUUCCUGAUUCUAAUGGAACUGCUCACAGAGUGGUGGGGAAGCCAUUGGCAACAGCCAUAAGAUAUCGUGAUCAGCUCUGACUGAACACUUGAGUUGGGUGAUGUAAAUGUUACCCAAGAAAUAUCAUAAAACAAGACAUAUUUGCUAAACCACUUGGUGUGUGCUUACUUUUUGGGAAACUAGAGGUUCCUGGACCCUCAGCAUCAAGUUAUACAGCUUGGAGACUUGAGAAGAAUGAGAUUGAUAUCCUGUAAUCGACAAUACAUGGGUUCUAAUAGUUUGCAGUUUGAUGGCUCCCCAGCCUCUUCUUCUGGGGACCCUAAUUGCCUGUGAGUUCUGAGUAGGGGGUGGGUUGAAGUACAAGUGUCCUGGCUAUAAGCAUAAGUGAUUUACCCAAAGAGGAGACCCCAGAUGAGCCUUCCCAUCAUGGGCAUAAUCUGCACCUCUGCCCAUUUGCCCUUUGGUGUCCCUUCCCAGGAGCUUAUUGGUAGCUGGCACCUCCAUCCUUCCUACCUUCCACUCCCUGUUCUGUCACCAGAGUAGCCAUCUGAAGGACUAGAGAGGGGAGUAGGCAAGUACACUGUAAACACAUAAUAAAUUCAUGUGGUUUAUGAAAAUAUAUUCAAGUUUCUCUGCAUAUAAAGUACCCAGGCUGAGGCACACCCCAGUCAUAGCAUGAAGGGCAAGUCUAUGUUCUUCUCACCAGUGCCCACAUAAAUAUAACCAUGAUUCUUGGUCCGGGGAACAUGAUAGAAGGUCAGGCCUGGCCAGAGCAAGCUUCUCAGCACAACCAAUGCAUUGCCUCUCUCCAUCUGGAUACUCCAGGACCCUGGGGAAGGGACAGACAGACAGAUGAGGAGGAGUUGAAACCAGGGGCCUUCAAGGAGGCUUGCUCAUGCUCAGCUAGCUGCUAGAAAAGGUUCCAAAACUGUUGGGGGAUUUUGUCCUGGUUUGUGUGGUUUCAUUGGUAGGAAUAAAGACAAUUCAAUUAUCCAGAGGUUGAUUGUUCAGACCUUUUACAUCUCCUGAGUGCAUUUUGGCCAUUUCAUUGCUCAUUAAAACCUCCCUACUGAAGUGAGGGCAAAGGAAAUAAAAAGAGGUGAAACUCCAACCAGUCCAUAUGGUUCAUGCCUACAACUGUGGUUGAAGGUUAAGGAGAGGAAACUAAAAAAGCCAAUAAAGUGAAAGUUUGAAGAUU